AUCACAACCGAUCAUGGCGGCCGCAGCUUUGCAAUCCCGAACUGCCGACUUCCAAGCGAAGCUGGACAAAUUGCUUCACGAAAAGAGCAAAUUCACCGACUAUCUUGCCAUAGUCGAGCAGAAGACUGGAGUCAGACGACUUUACAUCAUCUUGGGUAUCGCUUCCUUGCUAUCACUCUACCUGGUGAUUGGCUAUGGAGCGGAGCUACUCUGCAAUUUCAUUGGAUUCGUGUAUCCAGCUUACGUUUCGGUGAAGGCGAUCGAGAGCCACGACAAGGACGAUGACACCAAGUGGCUCACCUAUUGGGUCGUGUUCGCUCUGUUCAGCGUCAUCGAAUUCUUCUCCGACAUCUUCCUCUCCUGGUUCCCCUUCUACUGGCUUGCUAAGUGCAUGCUGCUGCUAGUCUGCAUGGCACCGAUUCAGAACAAUGGUUCGACAUACAUCUAUCAGCGCAUCAUCCGCCCCGUCGUGCUGCGCUCGCAGAAGGACAUCGACGAAACCCUCGACGACUUCAAAGACACGGCGCGCGGAGCGUUCAACACCGCGGCCGGCAGUGCCUCGGAGGCAGCGGCCAAGGUGAUGGCUGACAAUGCCAAGAUGGACUAGAUGGCGCCACUAGUCUAUAGGUAGCAUUCAGCGGCUGCGACACGAGCAUCGGUGCUGCCACCUGCUGGGCGUUUGCGAGAAUUUUGUCGCGGCGGCUGCGCGUUGUCAUCGGUCUGAUCCAGCGAGGAGCGAGCAACCAAUUACAUCAGAGUGACAGCUGUGUUACGGAUGUUCACUUAUUUUGAGGCGCGGUCCGCUGACCGGACCUAUUUUUCUUGAGGCGUAUUGCCCGUCAUUCGGUUCGCGAUGGGGAGAUGCAUCGUGGGAAGGUCAGUCUUGGCAUGUGGUUGCGUUGAGGAGGGGGAGGGGCGGGUGUAUGGGUGGGGUUUAUGGGGGAGGUGUGUGUUUAGUCAUGUGGGGUGGGCCUGUAGCUGAACCAAAGACGUUCAUCCUUCGUAAUGAGAGAGGAUGGGUUGAUGAUGGUUAAACCAAAUUUAUAUCUCAGAGCGGGUUUCGUAAAGUGGUGUGGAUGUUAAAUUUUUUUCCCUUGACCGUUUUCGAUCGUCAUUGUCGCAAUUCCUGUUGUUGUUGUUGUUUGCAAAAUGGAUGGCUAAAAUUGUACACGUUGCACUGGGGUUUUUCACUCUGCUUUUUAAAUCUACAAACAAUUGUUUGUCACUGUGGUAGCUGCAGUGACGUUUUUUUGUGUCUGCAAAUGUGCGUACAUGCGUGCGCUCUUGCGUGCAUGCAUGUGUGUGUGCGUGCGUGCG